UUUUUGCAUGCAACAAGCUACUGAAAUGCAGCAGCCUCUGUAUUAGCCAGUCUCCAGAUCGUUAUGUAGUACUCAGCUGGGGACAGUAGGAAAAUGUGGCUACCAGCAUGGUCCUAUGUGGCUAUGAGAGCCUGCUUCUAUGAAAAGUGCAAGGAGCUUUGAUAUGGAAGAGACUGACAGGACUGGCAUUUAAAAUCUCAUUUGAGAGAUUUGCAUGCUAACUGUACAGGCCUCUUCCAUGGGAACCUGGAAAGGGAUAUGUGAGCUGUCCUGAGAUGUCAGUCUGUGACUUCAGACUUGGUAUUUCAAACCUUCCUUUGCAGCUCUUUCCCUUCACUGAGUACACCACUACCCUCUACUAGCAGGAGUUCCUCCAUGUGUUGAAUGUCCCAUUCUUGUACAUGCAGGCUUAACUGAGACACAGUGCUCUCACUGCCACAGUUCUCAAGGCCCCUUUUCGCUUCAUCUGAUCUCAGAGGGCAGAACUGCUGUCAUUUGGGGGGAAAAAAAAGUUUUGUUUGUACUGUUUUUGGCAGUAGGCAAGGGGGCUGGACUCGAUCUUCUGAGGUCCCUUCCAGCCCCGUAGCUAGCCUGGUUCAGCCCUCGGAGCCAUGUGCCCAAAGCAGAUUCCUAGUCAGAGGGCCUGAGGCACCACUGAGUCGUCUAGGCUGACCUCUGGUGUCACACAGGCUGUUACAUCUCACUCGGUUAAUUCUGCAUUGAGCCCAGUGCUUUGUUUGGCUAAAGCGUAUUUUCCAGAAGGGCAGCCAGGUAAGAUUUGAAGACAUCAAGAGAUGGGGAAACUGCCACUUUUGCUUGAUUGUUUGUUCUAGUGGAUAAUUUGCUGUGUUAAAAGUUUGUGCCUUAUCUAUAAUGUGUUUUUUCUGGUUUCAGCUGUAUCUCUGCUAAUGAAGAACUCUUCAAUACCUGAUUUUAUUUUCUUCAGUGAAGUAACUUGGAGUGUAAAGACAUUUCCUGACAGUCUUUUUAUAAAUGAGAUGUUGAGCUCUCCGUCUCAUUUUCUGCUAGGCAAUGUUUUCUAAGCAUCAAAUCAUUUUUGUGUCUUUUGCACAUUCUCCAGUUUAACCUCCUUUUUAAAAGGUGGAAGUCAUAACUCUGAGCAGCACUCCAGCAUGGGUCUGACUGAAACCCUGCUCCCCUUCCUCCUUGCUGCUCCCUCGUUUGUACUUGGAAGAGUUGGCCCCUUUGCCACAGUGCUGCAGUUGGGACUCCUGCUGUUGUUCACUGUGAUGUUUAAAUCCUCCUAGGGGCUGUUCUCAGGGUCAGUCCUCACUCAGGAGGCAUGGCCUGCUUGCUUUGUGCCAAGAAGUGAUCUUAGAUGUAGCUGAAUUCAAACAUUCUCUUUGAAUGGACACAGCUCAUAGUGAUCCAGAUUCUUUUGGCAGCUGCUGCCUCAUUUACCACCUUUGUUUCAUCUAUGAACUUUACCAGCAAUGAUCAAAUAGAAUUGGCCUAAUGAUUUCAGUAGAACCUCACUAAAUAUUUCCAUUACAGCUUGUUUGUUUUAAAAUCUUAUCCAUUUCUUAAUCCAUUUGAGUAAAUUAUUGAUGCUGUUUACAGCAAAUUUUUAAUCAGAACAUUGGUAUUGUAGGGCCCAUCUGCAUGGGGAAACUCACUGGCACAGCUGCAGCAAAUUAAUUAUACUGCUAAAGUUAUGUUAGUACAACAUUUUAGGUGGACAUCACUUCAGAGUAAUUACUCUGCUUGUAGAGGAGCCAAAUGAAAAUGUCAAAAAUUAGCCCAUAUGCUGUGCACUCUAGUGUGACUGCAGUGAUUCACUCCUCAGGCCCUACAGAUUGUUGAAUUUCCCACAACACAUGCUCCUUAAUGAGAGGAGCAGCAGGAACCUGUCAUGUCUAAUGACAUUUUCAUGGGCCUUUGUCAUGCAGGCAUAUACAUUUUAAAUGUGUUAAAGAACAGACUUUGCAUAGUGCUAUGCUGCUCUUAAAUGCAAAGGUCGGGAAAUCUUAGUGUGAGGGUUUCUGUAGUAACAUUAACCUCCUCCCCAUGCAGCAGUACUAACCCAGUUGUGCCUGUCUGCAUUUCAGGGAUUAGAUUGUUAAGGACAGGAAGUGGAGAAAAGGGAGUGUUGUCCCAUGUGACUUAGAGCCAUUUGGAGUCACCGAGGUUAUAUGAUGGUAUUUCCAUAAGCCUAAUGCAACCUGCUGCAGUUGCAAGAAAUUUGAAGGAAGGUCUCAGGAACAUACUGCUUCUGUUGCUGUUUCUGGUUUUAAUUUGGAUAAAGUAAAAUUCAUUGCAUUCUGGAGCUGGAUCCAUGUGGACUUACGGUUUUGCAUUGGGCCAGGUGAAGUCAAUGGGAGCUAUAAUUGCUCACUACCUCCAAAAAAAAAUUGAGUCCCACCUGACCAAUUUUGGUUGCUAAAGCUGCCACUGCCCUAGCAAUAGCUUUCCCUUGGUAUAUGAUCUGCUCAUGUGAGUUUAGUGAGGGAAGUUCCUUUUUAAUAGAACCCCAGUCACAUACUAGCUGUAUUAUAAGGCCUCUAGAUUGAUGAGCCUGAGGCUCAAUCUUAUCUGUUGCCUUGGGAUGAAUCUGAAGCAGCUCCAUAGACUUCCCAGAAGCGAUCCUGGAUCUGCACCUGAUGGGAGAGCAAUGUCUGACUGAGGAAGUUGGAACAAGUGGCCUCUUUUUUUCCCCCCAAAUAGCUCCAUUUUUGUCCUGCAAAGUGCAGGCAGGCAGAACUCUUCUCUGCUGCAGAUGAAGGGUGCUGGUUGCUUUUCCUUUGAUGGAACUCCCACAGAUAACAUCAGAAAAGCUUAUGUAUCUCUGAUUCAGUUAAGUCUUUAAGGGCAUCUGUCCCCUACUUUCUCCCCCAGGGCUGACAGACAUUGCAUCAGCACAUCUACCCAAUCACUUCUUUCACUUAAAAUAGCUUCUUCAGCAUUCGUUGCUCAUAGAUUCUAGUCAGAAGGGACCUCAGCAGAUCACCGAGUCUGACCUGCCUAGGCAGGAAAGUGCUGGGGUCAGAUGACCCCCGCCAGGUGCCUGUUCAGAGCCUUCAGAAUGCCAAGUGCGCCCUGGCAGCUGCGGUCCUCUUGGUGAGCUUUCUUUUACUAGUUGUGUUAGUCACGGGGCACGUCUACAUGUGCAUUAAUGCGCCACAUUAAGUUUAGUACCUGUAAUCACUAAAUGUGCUGUAGUGGGUGCUACCGCACAGUAAUGCCAGCACACAUCUUUUACGUGAUGCUAGUGUGCAGUAGACUAAUUUACUGUACAUUAGCAUGGCUUUAGCCAUGAUGCGCUAAUGCACAGAAUUAGUCUACUGUGCUUUUAGCAUCUCCUGUAGACCUGCCCACAGUGAGUAAAUCCAUCAUGGGAGUUUUGUGAUUUCUUAGUUGGGCUAAUAAAAGGUAUAAUCUCUGAACCAAGAGUUCUAGAGUUCUGCAUUUCUUUUUGUCUCAGACCAACAUGGCUACCAAAUACUGCCCUGCUGUGUUGGCUGCAUUUAAACUUCAUCCUGUCAGGUUCUCCCUAAGCUGAAUGGUGAAAUCCCCCCAAGGUGAAGCACAGGGUUGAAUUGCUCAGAAAAGACUGUUUCUCUGCUGCAGCUGGAGCCUUGACUGCACCGGUGAAAAGCACAUUAUGGAACGUGGGCUCGGGAGUGUCUCUUCCCCUUUUAGGCUUCCACAGUGUGACCAUGAGCAAUGGAGUCCGUGCGGCUUUGCGCUCGUUUGUCAGCUCCUGACAGUGUCUCUGUCUGUUUGCAGAUGGGACACACGCGGAUGUGGUUGGAUUCUGAGAGAGAGUCUCUUAGCGAGUCUGAGAAGAGCAGCUCCUGCCAGUCUCUUCACAGCUCCUGGGAUUCCAGCUUGGAUCUGGAGGUGACCAACUUGAUGGAACCUCUUUGCAUAAGUGGCUCAGACUCAGCACAGAUGGACAGGGCUUUUUGUACUGCUAGGGAGAAGGAAGAAAUGGAAGCCCUCAACUGCCAGGAAGAGAUGGAGAGGCUCCCAGUCCCAAGAAGAGAGGCAGAGGAGGAAGGGCAGCCACGAAUUCUGGCAGGAGAAGCUGAGGAACUGCCUGUCCCAGGACGAGGUGUGUGCAUGCCACAGAUGACAGGGGAUCUACAGCACAUGGGCUGGGAGGCCAAAGAUGCAAAGGAAACACAAGGUGUAGGAGAGGAGACAGGAGAGUCUCAGGUCCCAGGAGGAGAGGAAGGGGAUUCAGGAGAGGAGAGGGAGUGCCUGGCUGUGGUGGAGAACACAGAAGGAAUACAGGAGGGAGAGAAGAACCAGAUGCUGCUCACGAAUCUGACUUCCCUGGGGAUGCCUACCUUAGAGGAGGAACUUUCAGGCAGUAUGGAGGGCAAGGCUGAGGAGGAGGGGCCAGGACAAGCCCAGCAGGAGAGGCAGGGGAACACUGUAUUCCCUGCACAAGGAGAUAGCGGCUGCAGAACCUCCGCGGGUUCCCCGGCAGAUGUUAUACACAUGAACCCAGCACCUUCGCAGCUGGUGCAGCUGAGCUGGGAUGACCCUCUGCAGCGCAUGCAUUUCAAAAAGACUCUGCUGUCCAUCUGGAAGAUGAUAGCCAGUCACAGACCCAUGGAUUUAACCACCAUAAAGAGAAGUGUGUCCAAGGGCCACAUCCGGAGCACGGCCCAGUUCCAGCGCGACCUCAUGCUGAUGUUCCACAACGCCGUCAUGUACAACAGCUCCGACCACCACGUGCACCGCACGGCCCUGGCCAUGCAGCAGGAGGUCUUGCAGCAGCUGCAGAUGCUGGGCGAGGCCCUCCUGUGCUCCGCGGACAGGCUGUUUUGAGCGGUAAGCAGCGGCGCGCGGUCCGGGGCCCUGGCCCCGCCAGAAGCAAGCCCCGUCUGCUUGGGCAUUCCUGGGGCGCUGUGCCGGGGCCGGGGCCGGGGCCGGGGCUCUCCUGGGCCAGGCCCGCCAGGCUCCAGCGACCCGGGAGCGGGAGCGGGGAGGAGGAAGGCGGGGGCGGCGCCCUCCUCCCGCCGGCCUGACGCCGCCUGUCCCGC